AGCUGUUUAGUUAGAAGGGGGUGGUUAAACGCCUUCCUCCAGUGGCUUUCACCCCUACCCUGAGGCACCUUAGCAACCAGCCGUUGCCUGCAAGCCUCCGGAGCUUGUCCUUGCCUCAGAUGGAGCCCAAAGAAGCCACUGGGAAAGAGAACAUGGGCACCAAGAAAAAGAAUCUGACCUUGCUGAGACCCAGGCUGUACAUGCUGGAGAGAAGGAAGACUGACACUGUGGUUGAGAGCAGUGUUUCUGGGGACCACUCUGGUACCUUGAGGAGGAGCCAGUCUGACAGGACCGAAUACAACCAGAAAUUACAAGAAAAGAUGACGCCACAGGCCGAGGGUCCUGCAGCUGAGCCCUCCUCGCCGGAGGAAGAGCACCAGGUGAGGAGGAUGAUGGCGAAGCGGGCGAAGAUCAUCAAGGAGCUGAUCCAGACGGAGAAGGACUAUCUCAACGACCUAGAGCUGUGCCUUAGGGAGGUGGUGCAGCCCCUGAGAAAUAAGCAGAUUGCUAGGCUGGAUGUGGAUAGCUUGUUCAGCAACAUCGAGUCGGUGCAUCAGCUAUCGGCCAAGCUGCUGUCGUUGUUGGAAGAGGCCACAGCAGCCGUGGAACCGGCCAUGCAAGUAAUCGGCGAAGUGUUCCUGCAGAUUAAAGGGCCACUGGAAGAUAUUUAUAAAAUCUACUGCUACCACCACGAUGAAGCGCACAGUGUCCUGGAGUCCUACGAGAAGGAAGAGGAGCUGAAGCAACACUUGAGCCAGUGUAUCCAGUCCUUAAGGCAAAUAUACAUGCAAGAAGGCAAACCCAACUUACUGGACAUGGGCUCUUUGAUGAUCAAACCAAUUCAGCGUGUGAUGAAGUACCCCCUAUUACUGUGUGAACUUCGGAAUUCUACCCCUCCUUGCCACCCAGAUUACAGCGCACUGGGGGAUGCCUUUGCUGCUGUGAAGGACAUUAAUGUUAACAUCAAUGAACUGAAAAGAAGGAAAGAUUUAGUUCUAAAAUAUAAGAAGAAUGAUGAGGAUGAAUCACUUAAAGACAAACUGUCUAAACUAAAUAUUCAUUCAAUUAGCAAGAAAUCAAAACGAAUGACAAAUCAUCUAAAGAUUCUGACCAGAGGAGAAUCGCAGGUGAAAGACAAUACAUUUAACAGAGAAGAAAAGCUAUUUAGAUCUUUAGAAAAGACUGUGAAGCAUUCUGUGAAGAAUAUUUCCUUCUGUCUACAGCACAUACAGGAUGCCAUGCCCUUUGCCCUGCAGAGUGUAACCGAGCUCCAGGAAAUUUCGUACAACAAAGAUGAGAAGGAGAAAGGCAAUUCAGAUUCUUCGAGUAAUGCCUCAAAUCCCUGUCAUGACUUUGCAACUCACUUACAGAGACUCGUCCUGAGCCCCCUAUCUGCUCUGCUGUCCCUGUUCCCGGGGCCUCUGAAACUCAUUCAGAAACGCUAUGACAAACUGCUCGACUACAAUAGCUACCUGCAGCGGUCAGCAGGAGAUGAGUCAGAUCUGGCCAAAAAGGAAUAUGAGGCCCUCAACGCCCAGCUUGUAGAAGAGCUCCAGGUGUUCAACCAGGCUUCCCGGAAGAUUCUGCUGAACUGUCUGUGCAGUUUCAUCACCCUGCUCAGGGACCUGAUGCUCACGGCACAGCAGGCUUACUCCACGGUGGUGCCGGUGCCCUUAUUGGUCUCAAGCAUCUCUGAGAUUCAGAACCGAAUAUUAGAGGAGGUGCAAAAUAUGAAUUUUGUGAAGGACAACAGUGUGACAUUUAUUGAGAGGAAACUUAGUUUUGAAAAAAAGAAGCCUGUGCAGAGUCUGCCAGAAGUGCCACGGCAAACUGACAUUCACCGCUCCAAGCUUCUAUCCACAUACACUGCAGGGGAACUCUACCAAGCUAAGCGCAAGUGCAAUGCUACACAAGAGUAUGACAUCAAUCUUCUGGAAGGAGAGUUGGUGGCUGUGAUGGAACAGAAAGAUCCCUUGGGGAGUACUAGCAGAUGGCUUGUUGACACAGGAAUUGUAAAAGGAUAUGUGUAUUCCUCCUUCCUAAAACCCUACAACCCAGCGAAAGGGCAGAAGGCGGAUGCUGAGAACAGGUUCUGUGAUGAUGACUUUGAUAACAUCAGCCUCUUUGUGUCUUCAAGACCAGCUAGUGACAGUGUCACAGGCACCCCGGAAGGGAGCAUAAGUGAUAGCAGCUCAUCUCUUAGUGGCAUUUGUGGAAAGUUUGAAACAAACGGCACUGAUGUUGACAGUUUUCAAGAAGUGGAUGAACAGAUUUUCUAUGCUGUUCAUGCUUUUCAAGCACGGAGUGACCAUGAACUCAGCCUUCAAGAGUACCAAAGAGUCCAUAUACUUAGAUUUUGUGACCUAAGUGGAAAUAAAGAGUGGUGGUUAGCCGAAGCUCAAGGACAGAAAGGAUACGUGCCAGCUAACUACCUUGGGAAGAUGACUUAUGCUUAAGAAAAUAAGUCUGUGACUUUCAUUUUCUGACAAGUUGUGACUGACUACCUCAUAAAACUGACAUGACAAAACUUCAGACCAGAAAGCAAGAAAUCUCCAAACUACAUGAACUGAUACUGUAUCAAGUUUUAAGGAAGACCGUACUUCCUAUCAGGAUUAUUUCAUGAAUAUAUUAUAAAAAAUACAUGUUGAAGGAAAUACUAAGGCAACAAAAACAUCAAAGCAAAUGGCUCAGGUUCCAACUAUCAACUACUUAAAAGUGAAGAUAUUUUGAAAAAGUAAAUGUGUUCCUUUAUCAUAAAAUCAAAGAUUAGACGAAGAUUUUUCCACUUACUAUAAUUAUUUUUACUGUAUUAUACAUUUCAUCUUAAACAUGGUUUUCAUAUUUUUUCUUGAAUAUGCACACAUGCAUGUACAUACAUAUAUAUGAUAUGUUAUGUUAUGCAAUUUAUACAAAUAUGUGUUUAAUAAAAGUCAGGCACACAUA